AUGAUUGCUGUACGGUAUUCAAGCUCUCAAUCGCGCAGUUUGCCUCGCCGAAUGGCCGCACGGCUGAUGAAACCACCAACCGGAGUUCCUCGAGCAUCGGGCUGGAAACUAUGGGCCCAAAACCUGAAUCGGUCGUCUAAACCACAGAUGGAAGAACUCCAAAAUGCACUUGUACAAGACGUAGGGCUGGCAGAUCGAGCGGUGCAUACUAUGGUAAAAGACGAGAUCAACCAAUGGCAUUUUCAUAACCCAAAUGCUCGUCUCAAAACUCCUACACUGUUAGUUCACGGCCAUGCAGCCUCGGCCAUGGCGUUCCAUCGUAACUUUGCUGACCUUUCAAAUGAGAUUCAGGACCUUUACGCUAUCGAUUUGCCUGCCAAUGGACUGUCAAAAGACAUACCGCUCGACAUUUACGUUGAUCGACCACUCCCGCUGCGUUUGAAGUUCCAAGACGACACAUUUACGCUUCCUUACACUCUGGGGCAAGUACAGCAUCAUGCACUGGUGCAGGUAUUCGAGAAUUACUAUGUGGAUGCAUUGGAACAAUGGCGUCGCGAUAAUGGUCUGGGUCCGAUCAACUUGGUAGCUCACUCUUUCGGUGGUUACUUGUCAUUCAGAUAUGCGACCAAAUAUCCAGAAUCUGUGAACAAAUUGUGUCUGAUUUCGCCGUUAGGUGUGGAACGCAAUGCUUUCGCUGUCAACAACCAAUGGUGCAGUAAUACGACAUACCCUGUAGACCGGAACAAUCCGGCAUCAAAGCACUAUGUUCCGUCACGUCCAGCAAUACCUAAAUUCAUAUUUGAGUCUCAAACGAGUGUACUGCGUGCUCUGGGCCCACUGGGCGCCAAAUUCUGCUGGAACUACAUCGCUACGGUAUACGGGCGUGUUCCUAGUCUCCACUACAAGAAGUAUUUGUUCGAAAUGUUCUACGGCAAAGAUGGCCUGAGUCAGACCAGCAAGGAUGUGUUUUUGGGUCUCUUCACCAACCGGUUGUUAGCGCGCGAUCCGCUUCUGGAUGGUGUCAAAGAUCUACAUGUUAAAGAGCUACUGCUGCUGUAUGGGGACCACGAUUGGAUGAACCGAGAAGCAGGAAAAUGUUUGAUGCAAGAAGCCGAAUCCUGUGGGAUUGAUUCAGAGUAUCAUGAAGUUUCAUCAUCAGGACACAAUUUGUUCUUGGAUAACCCACUUGAAUUUGAUCAGCGAGUGAUUCAGUUUUUGGAGCGGUGA